UAAUCUUGAAUCUUCUAACAAAAACCCUUGAGCGACAACACUUCUUUGAGCCCUUUCACCGCAACUUUCUCACCAAAAUCAAUCUGUAUAACGAUUUGGAGCUGUUCUAGAAAUUUGAUUGUGUCAAUGGCGGGAGGCGCAUCUGCUGCCAACUCCACGAACAGCGUUCGGAUCGUUGUUGCCGGUGAUCGUGGCACCGGUAAGUCCAGCUUGAUUAUCACUGCUGCCGCGGAGGCUUUUCCUGCAAAUGUUCCUCCGGUGUUGCCCCCUACCAGGUUGCCGGAAGAUAUGUUCCCUGAUCGUGUCCCCGUUACAGUCAUUGAUACGUCGUCCAGUUUGGAGAAUAGAGGCAAACUUGCUGAUGAACUGAAGAGAGCUGAUGCUGUUGUCCUUACCUAUGCUUGUGAUCAGCCUGCUACACUUGAUCGAUUGAGUACUUUCUGGCUUCCUGAACUUCGAAGAUUAGAGGUUAAAGUUCCUGUGAUAGUAGCAGGUUGUAAGUUGGAUCUAAGGGAUGAACAACAACCAGUUAGUUUGGAGCAAGUGAUGUCACCCAUCAUGCAACAGUUUCGUGAGAUUGAAACAUGUAUCGAAUGUUCAGCCUACAAACAUAUUCAAAUCCCAGAGGUUUUCUACUACGCCCAGAAAGCCGUUCUUCAUCCAACUGCUCCACUAUUUGAUCAAGAAGCACAAACUUUGAAACCACGAUGUGUUAGGGCUUUAAAAAGAAUAUUUAUUCUUUGUGAUAAUGAUAGAGAUGGAGCUUUAAGUGAUGCAGAGUUGAAUGAUUUUCAGGUGAAAUGUUUUAAUGCACCAUUGCAACCUUCAGAAAUAGUGGGUGUAAAAAGAGUAGUACAAGAGAAGCUUCCGGAAGGAGUUAAUGAAAAUGGGCUUACCUUAACAGGCUUCCUUUUCCUUCAUGCAUUAUUUAUUGAAAAAGGUCGAUUAGAGACAACAUGGACUGUUUUAAGAAAAUUUGGUUACAAUAAUGAUAUAAGACUUUCCGAUGAUCAGCUUCUCCCUCCAAUUAAAAGAACCCCUGAUCAGAGUGUGGAGCUGACGAGUGAAGCUUUGGAAUUUUUGAAAGGAGUUUUUACCUUGUUUGACAUCGAUGGUGAUGGGGCACUUAAUGCACAUGAGCUAGAGGAUGUUUUUUCUACUGCACCAGAAAGUCCUUGGAGUGAAGCUCCAUUUGCAGUUGCAGCUGAGAGAAAUGCAUUGGGAGGGUUAUCACUCGAUGGGUUUUUAUCAAAGUGGGCUCUUAUGACAUUUCUAAACCCUGUUAUCAGUGUUGAGAACCUCAUAUACAUUGGAUAUUCUGGUGAUCCUUCUUCUGCAGUCAAACUUACCCAAAGAAGAAGAGUUGACCGCAAGAAGCAACAGACAGACAGAAGUGUUUUCCAGUGCUUUGUUUUUGGACCAAAAGAGGCCGGAAAAUCUACAUUGUUGCAUGCUUUUGUUGGAAGACCGUUUACUGACGUUUAUACUCCAACUCCAGCCACCGAGGAACGCUAUACUGUUAAUAUUGUUGAUCAGCCGGAUGGAACUAGAAAAACAUUGAUUUUGCGAGAGAUACCCGAAGAUGCAGUUGGAAAGUUGCUGAUUCAUAAAGAUGCUUUGGCAGCCUGUGACAUAGCAGUUUUUGUUCAUGACAGUUCAAGCGAGGCAUCAUGGACAAAAGCAACAGAGUUGCUUGUUCAAGUAGCCAGCCAUGGGGAAUCUACAGGGUACGAGGUUCCUUGUCUUAUUGUUGCAGCUAAGGAUGACCUGGAACCUUAUCCAACCGCAAUACAAGAUUCAACAAGGGUGAGCCAAGAUAUGGGAAUAGAGGCUCCUAUACCUAUAAGCACAAGAUUGGGAGACUUUAAUAAUGUAUACAGGAGAAUUGUGAGAGCAGCUGAACAUCCUCAUUUGAGCAUUCCAGAAACUGAAGCUGGGAAAACUCGAAAACAUUAUCACAGGCUUCUUAAUCGUUCCCUUAUGGUUGUUUCAGUGGGAGCUGCGGUUGGAAUAGUUGGGCUAGCUGCAUACCGGGUUUAUGCUACAAGGAAGAAUGCUUCGGGUUAGAGGAAAUGAUGCUCACUACAACACAUAAAGGACUGUUCAACUCGUACUCUAGAAGUUUAAAUCACAAUACUGACUUUGGAUUUGAGUUUGUGUGUGUUUUUUUUAAUAUAUAUUUUUAUAUAUUUCUGUUUUCAUAGAUGUGUAAAGAAUGUGAUGGUAGAUCUGUUUGUGACUUGUUGAGAUGG